CACAUGCUGAAAGCAACUGCAUAUUAGCUUGUCAGCAUUUUGCAACGAGCUACACGUAGACUAAGGCUGUACUGUUUUGACAGCAUGGAUUGCCGGCUUUUAAUGACUUUUCUGGCAAUUGCGUCAACGCUGUGGAGCUACGCUGAUGCCGACGAGACCUGCGCCGAACUGGAUCAGCAAUGCGAGACUUUAUAUCGCCAAUCACGUUCCGUCGCAAAUCGCUUGAUGGGUCGGGAGCCCAACUCAUCCUGGCCCAAUAUGACCACGCAGGUUGUUCGGGACGACCGCCCGUUGGGCGACGCAUAUUGCCGGUGGUCCAACGAUAGCGGGCACUGUGUCAGCAAUCUGUACGAUCAGUGCCCCGACGCUUAUAAUAUCCGGAAGAAACUUUACGACGGAUGGUAUUUUUCCGAGCUGCGCUUAGCCAUGGCUAGGGUGUGCGAUACCACAAUCUCGGCGGUGAAAUUCUUUCGUGCAGUGGACCACUGUUUUAAACGCAGUCGCGGGCCAUUUAUGGACUGUUGCUUUAUCCCGCCGUCUGAUUUUCACGAUAAAAAUCCGAAUGCAACCGUCGCCCGCCAGAAUAUCUGCGGGCGGUUCAAGGCUAUCGAGGAAGGCAUUAACGGGCCCCGCGGGAGCCAAGUGAUUGAGAAAUGUGGGCAAGACUCGGUGGAAACCAUUAAGGAAGUCUUCCAGCAACUGCAUACAGCGCACUGCGUAAACUGAUCGCGGCUUCGGCACAGAUGCAAAAGACAAAAAUUGGAGAUUGAAUGCACAAAUCUUCGAGAACUGAGCCACAGUCCGACGUAUUCACUGACUCCAUUACGCCAGUCCAUUUACCAGUUUUCCGCUAGAUAUGCCCUAACUGCGCUUUGUGUCGAUACCUCUAAUACUGGAAGCAUUGAGUUUUAUGUCAGCCAUAAGGGAUAACAAGCGUGUGUAAAGCGUCAACUAUGCUUAACAUAUUGACAUGCUAUGCGGAAGUCGCACCGCGACAACCGCAGUAGAUGACCAAACCUACUUAAUCGGUAGAGUGGGAAUAUGCUCUGGACUCCGUAAGUGGUACUUCUGCCUACUUCCGCUAGGUACGAGCGGAUUGUUGUGCCUAACGAAAGUUACUGAAACCCAAACACUCAGGAACUUCCCAAAUGUUUAAUCACCAAACUGAACGAACAAACAAACAGAACG